CCGUCAUUUCGUAUGUAUCUCUUUCACGGCGCAUGACAACCCCACGUUUUCGCCCCCCAACCGCAGGGGUGGCAUCACGCGCUUACCUUCGCUUGCAUACAGCCACAGCUGAUCUCGGGAUGCUGCAUGCACCACACUGGUCAAUCGCGCACAGUCUGUGCUGUAGAUGCAGCAUGUGCCCCGCGGCUGUGUGCUUACAUACAUCACCGUUGCUGUCUCUGCUGUCUCUGCUGCCUCCUCCAUCCUGCCGGUAUUGUCAGUGCCCCCGAUGCACGUUACCUUUCCACGCUCCUUGAAUGCCCAUAUGGAGCUAAAAACAACGUCACAGAUCUAUCUCCUGCUCUUGCCACGGCUCAGCAAACGAAUCCGAAAGCAACAACAACAUAGC